AUGACAGAAGAGCACACUUAUCAAGAUCUUCUUAACAGAGAUCUGGAUGUCUAUUUGUCAUUGAAGAAACAACUCAAGCAAAAAAACAAGGAAAAACUGCCAAAGCUGAAAACCUCUGUGGAUUCAGGAGCUGAAACCAUUAAAGAGGAGAACACGUAUGAGACUCUGAUAAGACGGGACGUGGAGGCCUACUCAUCACAUGCAGCACAAGACAAGAAGAAGAAGAAGAAGAAAAGUCCAACUGAUACUGUCUCCAAAGAUUUAGCAAAUGAGAUCAGCUUCACUAAUUUGGGAGAGGACUCCUACUAUUUCUCUACUGAGAAGAAAGCCUGGAGGAGCAGCUCAGACUUCUGUGCACAGCAUCAGGCAACCCUCGCUGUAUUUAAGGAUAAAGAAGAGCUGAACAGAGUCUUAUGGUACAUCACAAAUCAUACAUUGGAAGACAGCUACUGGAUUGGUCUGCAAAAGAACAACUUUGGGUUCACUUUGGACGUCAGUGACCCCUCUCGUGGCUGUGCCAUGUUAAGAAAUAAAAGCCUAAACGCUAGCCAUUGUAACACAACAAGUAAAUGGAUCUGUAAGAAGAGCAGCAAGAGAAGCUGUGGAUGA